AUGGAUGAAUCUUCGGCUAAAGUGGAGAAGAGAAACAGGCCUCCUGUAUCGCUGAGAUGCAACCGGCAGAUACCGUGUGAUACAUGUAACAGACGAAAGCUUCAAGAUUCGUGUCACUAUGCUUCUAAUGCCAAGCGAAACAAUCCCAAAGCCCCCCGACAAGUUAGUUUCGAUGACAGGCUCCAAAGAAUCGAGGAGUUGGUCUCCGCUUCACUAAUCAGUAUGGGGAGCAUUCGUCAAUCGGAGGCUUGCUUUGCAGAGAGUGACUGGACAGGCCCUUCCUCUUUCGAGCUUCAGACUCCCCCCGAAUCCGAACAGCCAUCGUGCAUAGACGCGAAAAGCGCACCUGCAAGAGAAUCGCCCCAUCUCCAUGAACAGAAUGGUCAAGCAGUAUAUAUGGAACCUAGCCACUGGAUGUCCAUUAUGCAAGAGAUUCAGGAUAUACGGGCAGACCUAUCAUCGCAGGAUUCACUUGCAACUGACGAUCUUGACAUCACGCAUGAUGUUGAGAUCCAGCCUGAUAUCAACCUUGAUGUAUCGUUGUCUCGUGUGCUGAGUGUGACCGAUGCUAUAAGCUCUCUUCCACCUCAACCCACCUGUGAUAUCUUGCUUGCCAAUUACUUCAAUUCUAGGUAUAUGUACGAAAACUUUUGGAAAAGGCCCAAAGAAACUUCCCUUAACUGGCUUGCCCUUUUGUUUUCAAUACUUAGCAUUUCCAGCAUGUUGACUCGAGCUCCACAAGUCAAGACCGACGCAAGCAAACCCGUGCCCUCUACAAAAAAUCUUCAACAAAUGACGGCCUACUGCCUCGUCUCAUGCGGCUACGCCACUGCAAAACAACACGCGCUAGAAGCACUACUACUGUACCUUCAGAGCCAGUACAUGACACAAACACAAUCCCAUGCUCAGCUGUGGCUUGACCUCGGAACCGUCGUCCGACUUGCUUUCCGAAUGGGUUACCACCGUGAUCCACGCGAUAUGGCCGAUAUCACCAAGUUUGAGGGUGAGAUGCGUCGCCGUGUCUGGUUGCACAUUGCGCAGAUUGAUGCUUUAGCCUCGUUUCAAAUGGGACUUCCUAGUAUGAUUCCUACGGAAUACUGCGAUACAGAGGUUCCGAGAAAUCUAUAUGACACGGAUCUGUCCAUAGAUAUGGACACCUUGCCCCCUUCACGUCCUUAUACAGAAGUCACUCCUGCGCUCUACGGCAUCGUCAAGUCUAGCAUCAUGGGCGUCUUUAAGAGAAUUGUUGCCCAUACACAGUCUCUCGCCUCACCAAAAUAUGACGAAACGAUUGCUCUCGAUCGUGAAAUGAAAGAAGCAUACGAGAAGCUUCCGGAAGUCCUUCGCCGAAGGGACGUUUCUCAGUCAUUCAUGGACCCAUCUGAUAUUAUCUUACAGCGAUGUACUUUAGAGCUACUUUACCUCAAGGGAAUUGUCGUUCUGCACAGGCGAUAUAUUCGACACGAGCCUCAGAACCCAAUAUUUGAGCCAUCCCGCCGUUUCUGUCUUGAGGCCGCUCUUGAGAUUCUACACCGCCAGGCAGACUUACAUCAAGCCACUCAGCCUGGCGGUCGCUUACAAGAGGACAUAUGGGUGGUCACGUCCCUAAUAGUGCAUGACUUCCUCCUUGCAGCGAUGGUGGUCUGUCUAGAUCUCUCUAUUAGGAUAGAGGCUCUCGGAGAGGAGAAUGAAGAUGGUUUUGUGACCAGGAAGCUACAUGCGCUUCAGGUCUCCCAGCAAGUAUGGGCUGCCAAUGACAACCAUCUAGCCCAAUCACGGCUGGCCUCGCUGGUGUCAAAUUUGAUGAUAAAGAAAGUGGGCGAGGUACGAUCACAGGCGAAGUGGAACGAAGCUACCAAUAUGGCUCCCUUGGCUGGUAUGGAGCUGCCCUACAUAGAGACCAUGUCCGAUAUGAUCGAUGGCACGGAGGCUAUUGACUGGUCAAUGUUGGACCAAUUUUUUCAGAACACGGGGUCAGACACGACGUGA